CGUUAGUGUACGAUAGGUGAGCGUCACGUCUGACUUGUUGAGCAUGCAACACAAAAUGUUGCGAUCGAGGAAAGCGCUUCGAUGAAGUACUUAACCACCCGUCGCCCGCAACGCAGGAGCUAACUUCUACCCAAAAAUCAUGGUGCGCGCGCCCCCGCCAGGGGAGCCGACCGGCCGGGGGCUGUUUCAGUGCCCCACAUGUCAACGAACCUUUUUGGUGCAGCAGUCAUUCGAGAAACAUGCGAAAAACUGCAAGAACGUGUUCCGCUCCAAGCGGCCCAAGUUCGACGCGCGCAAGAUGGACCGGUCCUUCGUGAUAGAACAGAGCUUUGACGCGGGGCCUCCUUUGGCGGACGAAGCGCCGCUCGUCAGCCAGUCUUUCCACUUCGGUCGCGCAGGGAGGUUGGACGAAGAGCGCGAUAACGGGCGGGAUGAACUAUUAAAACCGCCGACGAUCUUCAACCGCAGGCACGAGGACCAGACCGGACCGGUGGCCGCAAAUGGAGAUACUUAUACCGGCACGAAAGAGCAGCCAUUGCUCUUCUACCCCGAUCGCCGAAUCGCGGCGUCGACCUCUGCGCUGGAAAUCGGCAGCAGUGGUUCCGCGUCGAGCACGGGGCCGAUGGAAAGAUCGAAAGGCCUGGAUCCGGACAAGCGGGUAACAAGGUUGAGAAAAUUUAGUGAGAUCUCGAGGUUCUUAAGUUGUUGCUCUCUCUGUCCCCUAGAUAGUUUUUUUGAUUGGCGUUCCUCGAUAUUGAUUUUCAGUUACUCGCCGCGCCUUUACCGGAGCAAGCAAGGAGCGCAGAGCGGACCAUCAAUGGCACGCUUUCCCAGGGCGCCUCUUCGAAGGCAGAGGAGACAACAUCACCGGAUAGCAUCAGUCCCUUGGUAAAUCGGCGCGCUGUCUCGGUUAUCAAAUGCAAAAAUGUCUGGGUCUGGAAGACCGCAACUUGUGCUGCUGAAUUUGGAUUCCAAAAAAAUCUGUAUUGCAUGAGCAGCAAAGGGAAUGCAAUUUUCGCUACGCGGAGAGGGAAUUUGUCAUGCGGAAUAGGCAUCGCGAAGCCCUCAAAAAAUAAAAAUCUGUGAUGCUAGGGCAUGCAUCACAGACAUCACGGCCAAUGCAAAACAUGCAUGACAAGUCUCAGAAUCUUCCAGACCCAGACAUUUUUACAUUUGAUAUCGGUCCGAUCCGCAGCACCGGAAACGCUUCUCGAACCUCCGCUGAGCAAGACGGCCGUCGGGAGUUGUAGCAAUGACAACGCGCCGCCUUGGUCCUUCAAAGCAGCAAUUCCAACUACGAGCACGUCGCACCAUGAGAGAAGACUUUUGCCCGAGGUCCCUCUGCUGCCGGAGCCGAAGUUGCAGUCACCGCUGCUGUGUUCAAGUCUACUUUUCUCAACGAGCAAGUCACCAACCGAUUUUCUGGCCUCGUCCGACCAGCGAUCCGAGGCCGCGCGCUCAGGCCAAUUCGACGCCCAGUCCAUGGUCAGCAGCAGCCCCGAGGUUGUUGUGGUUGAAGAGAAGAACACCAGCCAAGCCCCUGCUUUUCUUCCCGAGAAGCCCCCGAAGUACGAUCCAGGCUCCGUGUUGACGCAACAGGACCUCGUGGAAACCUUUGGGAUCCCCGACGAAGUGGAGGCCGCAACCAUUUGCACGCCGACCCUCGCGGAUGACCGAGUCAUCAAAAAUCUCGCGGAACGAGGUAUGGAACCACUUUUCUUUGAAUUCAAUCAACAGAAUGCAGAUUCAAGAAUCUUAGCACUAGUCGCUGCGUCUGAGUAGCAAGGCUGUACGUCCAUGGAUGCUUCUCUUGUCUAAAUCUUUUCACAGCGCACGAGCUUGCGGCUCAGGCGGAGGCGGAAACCUUACUCGCGGAAGAGAACGAGCCCACCUUGUAUGGAUUGUAAAAAUGUCUGGGUCUGGAAGGUUGGAACUUGUAAUGCUAGCUUUCCAUACCUAGAAAAUGAAAAUCUGUAUUGCAUAACCAACAAAAGUCGCAGCCUCUUUUGUCAUGCAAAAACGCAGUUUCUCAUGCGGAUUGCCUAUGAGAAAACGUUUUGGGAACUUGUCAUGCCGGACUGCAUUAGGAAGUGUUUUCAUCAUGCACAUCGUAGCGUCACAAGUUUCCAGACCCAGACAUUUUUGCAUUUGAUACCUUGUUCCGGUGCGCGAAUUGCUCCCGCAGUUUCAACGCCGUGUCGUACAAAAAGCACGUGACGAUUUGUGAGAAUGUGUUCGGGAAAAAAACCACGCCCACCAGCAGUAAGGAGAAAACAGCGACGACGUCGCAGCAACCCGCACGAAGUAGCGGAACGCACGCGUCUCAACCGCCGUCUCGGUCUGGCAGCGCAAGUUCUUCGGCCCGCGCUGCCGAUCGCCCGGUUCAGGUGGUCACUGCCGGCACGUCGAAGACAACGAGUACUUCUGUAGCGGCUCCGCAGGAAAGGCCAUUCGAUGCCGCUGCAUCGGCGGAAAGCAGAUCUACCGCAGCUGCUCCUGGUAUAGCAUCGAGCACAACUACUACUACACCAGCAGCACCUGGACCCGUUGAUGCCGCAACAAGUAGCAAGAAAUCAACUUCUUCAAGUGGCGCAUACGCCUUUAAACCAACCCUGCGAAAGUUUCCAUCAAAGAGCAAUGCGGGAAGUAGUACGGUUAAUGGUGCUGCUUCUACCGCACCAUCUGUGCACGCCCAGUCCUCCGCUCCUCCCCCGAUGCAGUUCGGCAGUACAACAUCGUCCUCCUCCAGCAACCCGGCCGCGCCUGCCCUGGUAAGUCGCGUGGUGCAGCGAACGCAAUCCUCCCGGUCAACGAAUGCCAACGUGUCGUCGAAAAUGAGUAUGGUGGCGACAGUAUGCAUUGCAAAAGUAUCGUACUAGUAUCAAUUGCAAUACACAUUUCCUCACCAUGAGAAAUAUUGUAAUACGGAUUUAACUUGAGAAAGAAAUUUGUAAAUGCAUGAAUGGGAUGAGUACGAUACUUUUGCACAGGAUAGACAGCCUCUUUUUCGAACGGUCUUCUUCCGAAUAAGUUUGUGCCGAAACCGCGAACGACCGGAACGUCGAGUCGCGUGUCGCUUGACCUUUCCGCUGCUCCUGCUGGGGUUGUAUCAGGUUCAAGCCAAACCGCAACUUCCACUUCCGUCCCUGCUGCGACUGCAGGUCUUACUCCAACUGCAGUACCAGCGGCAAGCGCUUCCGGCGCUUCGAAUUCAAGCCCCACACAGGUCCCCUCGGUCGUGAGCAAAUCUAGUACUUCCGGUCUUACCUCGCUUCGUCAGAGUCCCACACUGGCUACGCGAUCGGCGAAUUUUAGUGCGGCCUCGCAGAAUUUGAACAAAACCUGGAACUUUUCAACCAAAGUCGCGUUAAGCGGCAAAACGAACCUCGACGCGUCUUUUUCGCUGGGAAGCACAGCUUCGCAUGGGGCUGCAUCAAAGAUCCCCAGUGUAGGGGGAGUGGGAAGCGCAAGUGGUGCUGGUAAUUUUUCCACUAUUGUAACACCGUCGUCAUCCUCGUCCUCUAGUAACUCUACAGGGCGGCCCGCGAGUGUCAAGCCCGAUCUUGCACCAAGUGGCCACGGUUCGAACCUGCCAGGAGUAAGACCAACUACUGCAGCCACUUCUUCUACUGCCAGCGGAAAAAUGAAUGUCCGGAACAGCACAAAGGACAGUUUGAGUGCUGGGUUGUUAACAGCGCAUCAAGCGUUUUCCUCCAGUACGGGAGAUCAACACACUGGUUCAAACGCAGUAGGAGCCGCAGCAACCGUACGACCUGCCGCACAACAAGAAGCGGGAAUCGUGAAGCAAACCGCAGGACGCGCAGAUAAUAUUAACCCUGCAUCUACUGACCCCUCUGCUCAUCAUCUUGCCACAUCGAGUUUUCGGCGAAGCUCAAAGGGGGCCGCGCCACCGCCCCAGACUCUGGACAAAUCGAAGUCGAAGCUACUGGCUUGCCACCGGAGUGCAGCGAACUUGCGCAACUCCUUUUCACAACCGGGCACAGUAGAGCAGAUCUCAAACGGAGGAAGUUCCAGUUCGGCUUCGGGGCCGGGGCCGCCCACUCCCGCCGAGGGGAAAACCAAAUCCAAGUGCGACCCUGGUGGGGGCACGGUGACGCCCUCGCAGCCGGUGCACGCCAACUUUCUGCGCAAGGGCCAGGGUGCCAACGUCCUGCGGCGAAGCAGCAGCGAGCUGAUCGGGCUCAACGCGUCUGUGAACAACAUCGCGCGAAGUAGCCAACAGAUGAGACAACGGAGUCCGGCACAAAAUACCAAGCCGGGUAGUAAGCUUGGACAUCAAUUUGAGCAGAACCGCGUCGCCGCCGCGUCGUCCCCACUGGAGCAGAAGCGUCCGAUUCCCGCUGCUCUGCUCCUGCAGCAACACCAGCAGCGCAGUGCGAGCCGUACACGCGUGGGCGGCCAGCAGCAACAGCACCUGCAGCAAACGCAGCCCGCUGCGGUUCCGAAGCCUCUUCCGGUGGGGGGCAGCAGGGGGAGCAAGCUCCUCGGCAGCGCCGGGGGUGCUUCUGGUGGGAGUAGAGUCUCUGCGAACGCGGCGGAUACUAGUACCAGCUAUACGGGUAGGCCACUGCAUGGCGACAUUGCGCAAGAAGAGGACAAAAGUGCUUGUUUUCAGCCCGCCCGCCCACCGGGUGCGGCGCCAAUAGCACUUCCGGAUCGAAAAGAUCGGCUUUUCCUCGCACGAGAGGAGCGCCGUCGAGCCAAGGCCUCCAGUCCGGCCUUUCCCAACCUCGACUUUUUGAAUGGCUUUUCUACCACAUAGCAUCACUCGAUCAAAGAAGUUCUGCCACGGAUUCUUCAACAUACAAAUUGGCAUGCAUGGUGAGCUGCGAAGAGCAGAAUUUUCUACUUCGUGAUAAAUGCUUACACGUGAUUCGCAGUACAAAAAA